CCCUACUUCUUACCAUCUAUAGCAAUUUGUUAUGCUGGCUUCUUCACACUACAUAUUUUAUCUCAUAAAAAAAUCUCACAAGAGAGGAUCCCUAUUGCUGCCUAUUUAUGCAGUCUUUCAGCAUUUCAUUUAGUAUUUGAAGGAUAUUAAUUUCAGACCAAGACAGCUGGAAAUGGCUGUGGCAGGCAAACUACUAUGAAUAAAAUGGUGAUAUAGAUAUGAUUUAAUUCGCGUAGCUUCGAUCUACUUUAUUGCCAGUGUGUUUGAUUUCCCCUACAAAUGUGUGUCAGCACUACCACUAUACAUACAAGGCUGGCCUUUUGCUGCAAGAUAAUUAACUUUUUAAAAUACAUUUUGUUGUUUAGAGAAGUUUGUACCUGCAAGGGAUCCUGGCAUUUACAGGAGGAAUGGACGAUCUUUUGACUAAAGGGCUGAAGAAGCUGUACACUGAAAACAGAAUUUGAGCUUAAACCAGCAACUCUCUUCAUAUUUUGGUUGAAGUAUGAUACACCCUUGGCUCUGCAGCUGUACAUCUUUUCCCCAAGUAUGUUAGGGCUGCAUCUAGUUCAGUUCAGUUUUGACCUUAAACUAUGCUCACUGGAAUAGCUACAGUGCCACAUGGAAAGACAGUCCAUAUGCUUUUCUCCUUCAGUUCUCCCUUCAGAGUUCAGCCUUUCAUUGACUGGCUACUUCUGCAUUACAAAUCACUGAUAAAGUGUAUUACAGGAUAUAUUCUGCUGGCUUUAAUAAGAAACCAAGAUUACUAACAUGCCUUUUGUCUCUUUCUCUCCAGAAAUCUCCAAACCACCAUUAGCACCAAAACCAAAGAUUAUUGGUCAUCUUUCUCCAGCACCUGUCUCCAAAUUUUCUCCUUCACUGCCAAGAGCUGAUAUUUUUCAUAGCCAGAACUCUGUGUCUAGGGGUCCCAAACCACCUAUUGCUCCCAAGCCGAAACUGUUAGCUGACACUGAGAGCAAAUCCUGUGUUUCUACCAACAAUAGUUUAAAUAAAUGUGCUAAUGGGAAUCUGGUGUGUCUUGAUGGAGAACUGUGUGAAGUAAACCGAUGCAAUGCUGAUUGCCUAGAAUCUGAGGCGGAUAAUGAAUACAUUGUAGUCCCUGAAGCUCAGCUGCCCAGCAAAGACUGUAAUGAUUUGGAACAUGAGCAUGAUCAAAACCUAGAUUCCUCUGUGGAAAAUGAAGUCUCAGAAACUCCAGAAAAGGUAGAGAAGGAAGAGGAUAACAUUACUAGUGAUGAGAAUACCAGUAAUCAAGAAGUCGUUGGAGAUGAGAACCAUAACUCUUCAGAUACUGCUGAACCAAGGGAACCAGACUCUGAGGAGUCAUCCAGAGACUGUGGCCAGUCCAAAGCACUUUGUGAGCAGUCCUUAGAUGUCCCAGAUGGGGAUAACGAUGCUACCAAGAAUGUAGAUGAAAAUGAGGAUGUUGUAAGUGAUUGUACUGAAACCAAAAAUAGGCAAGAAACUUCUUACAACCUGCAACUGGUCAAGAACAGUAGUGAUUGUGAGACUGAUAGCAUGAACAUUUUGAAUAGAGAUGAAAAACUAAUGGAUGAUACCUGUAGAGAUACUGUUGCAAUGCUGCUGCCUGCAGAUGAAUUAAUCCCAGCUUGUGAGAAGUCAGGACAAGAGGAAGAGGAUCUGCCUAAGAUUUUAGAAAUAUCAGAUGGGUGUCUAGCACAUAAUGAUGACCACAGUGUGCAUGCACAGCUUGAUUUGAACAUGGAAGAGGACUUAGAAAAUGAUGACUGUGCAAGCCCUGACAUGCUGCCUGAAGAGACCAGUGAAGAAACAGGUCCUGGGUUAGAGCUGUGUGGAGAUGAACUCAGUGCCAAAAAUGGUUUAGCAGAGUUCAUCCAUCAAACAGCAGCUGAAGAGGAGGAAGUAGACCCAAAUGAGCACAAUAAUACGAACACAGGAAAUGCCAGUGAUGGCUGCCAGAUCACUGAGGGGAGAAGUGAGAAGACAUCAGAGCUAGCCUGUGAGGCAAGCAAAGACUCUGGGAAAGGGGAAGAAGAACCUGUGAAUGCAGAGAAUAUGGAUGAUGGCUGUCACAUUGCACCUUGUGAGAAUGAAUGUGGUGAGGAAAUACCCAUGGAAGAUUCAGAUGAGAAUCUUCAAACAGAAGGGGCCUCUCUGCAUGAAGAUAGUAUGAUUUCUGAUAGUCUACCUUGUAGUCUAGCGAUGAAGCCAGAGGUGGAAGAUGUGACUGUUGAAGAGCAUAGUGAAAACACUGUGGAAGCCCCUAAGUGGGAUGAAUUGCAACUCAAAGACAAUGAGGUGGAAACAAAGAGCCUCGGCAAAAGUGCCUCAAGUUCACCUCAAGGAGUCCCACUUGAGGAAGACUUAGAAAUCUGUAAGCAUGGCAAAAUAAAUGUAGAAUGUGGGACCAAACAUGUUUUGCAUGAAAAUCUAGCAGUCCCUGAAGUGGUCAUUGUAAGUGAUGAAUCAGAGGAAAGAGAAACUAGCAGUGAUUCCCUAGAUAAUCCUUAUGUGCUUCCUGAAGAAAAUGAAAUUGUCCAGGAUGUGCAGAUUGAUUUAGGACCUGAUCAUAGUAAAAGGGGUGAAUUAGGCAUGGAUGGUGAAAACAACUUGCUGCCCAUUGAUCGUAAAAGUAUUGUCACUAGAACACGAUCUCUCUCUGGAAGAAUGCCAGGCUAUGUCCCAGAAACUGUUCCAGAAGAAAUUGGACCUGAAACUGAUCUACGCUCUUCCCAAAAUGGCUCUGGGACAGAAGACUUAAGCAAUAAUUCCUUUUCAUUGGAAGGAAAACCCGUGGAAGCUAACAGGGCUUUACCAACCAAGUCAAGACACUUUGUUUUAUAUCCUCGAUCUUAUUCUGUUGAAGGGAGAGAGAUACCUAUCUCUGUUUACAGAGAAAGUGAUGUCUGUGUACUGGAUGGUGUUAGAAUAAAAAGGACAGAAGACAAUUUGUCUUUGCCUUGUGUCAAUGGUUCUUCAGGUAGUUUUUCCCAGCAAAAUCAUCUCUCAUCAUGUGGCAUAUCUACUCCAUCCUCAGUUGUUGAUAUACCACCUCCAUUUGAACUUGCCUACAUCACCAAAAAGCCAAUCACUAAAAGUUCACCUUCACUUUUGAUAGGGAAUGACUCACCUGCUAAGUAUUCCAAGAAAAAGAAAUCUUCUUUUAAGAGGUUUCUUACUCUGAAGUUCAAGAAGAAAAGUGAAAAUAAAGUCCAUGUAGAUGUUAAUGUUUCUUCUUCAAGGUCCUCAUCAGAGUCCAGCUAUCAUGGGCCUCCCAGGCUGAUGGAGCUGGAAGGGAGGAGCCUAAGUAACUCACCUCAACUAAAAUCACAUGUGGGGAAGCUCCGUGCAUCUGAGUCUCCCUCGGCUAUUCUUUUCUAUAAGGAUGGUAAAAGAAAAGGAACGCCCAAGUCCUUCAGCAGGAGUGUGUCAAGGGUGGAGUCCUUUGAGGAUCGGUCCAGACCUCCUUUCAUGCCACUCCCAUUGACAAAACCAAGGUCUAUUUCUUUUCCCAAUGCUGACACAUCUGACUACGAGAACAUUCCUGCUAUGAACUCUGACUAUGAAAACAUACAAAUUCCUCCUCGGAGAUCCACCAGAGCAGGAACUUUUACUGAGUUUUUUGAAGAUCCGAGCAGGGCAUUGUCUGCUGCUAAUGAGAACGAUGGCUACGUGGAUAUGAGCAGCUUCACUGGAUUUGAGAAUAAGGAGCAAACUACAGACCAGGAGACAGAAAGUGCCUACACUGAGCCCUACAAGGUGUGCCCAGUCUCUGUGACACCAAUGCAAGUUGUCACAUCGGAUGAGGAUCAAAAGAGUUCAGAAGAUGAUGAGAGCAGCAGCCUUGGUGAUCCCAGUCUCACCAACAAGAAAGAAGGCCAGUCCAGAGCUUACCUCAUUGCCCAGGAGCUGAUGUCUUCAGAAAAAGUAUAUGUGGAAAUGCUCCAGUUGUUAUGUAUGGAUUUCUAUGAAAGUAUCUUGAAAGUGCUUGGAGAUGAUGAUGAAAAUGAACAAGAAGUUAAGCUCAAGCAGGGUUUAAGUGAACUCCCUGAAAUUUAUGAAUUACACCAAGACAUCCUGGAAGAACUGGAAGAGAGAGUCCUUAAAUGGGAUGAACACCAGAAAGUUGCUGAUGUUUUUCUCUCCAGAAAAUCAAGCCUGAAUCACUACACAGCAUACAUUACACAGUUUGACAGGAAUUUGGCAUUGCUAGAUGAAAUGUGCCUUAAAUAUUCCCAAGUGGCUACCAUGGUUCAAGAGUUUGAGAACUCUGGUGGCAGCCCUUACAGUGUGAAACAUCAGCUUCUGAAAGUGGUACACCGUGUCUUCCAGUAUCGUGUGAUGCUCACAGAUUACUUGAAUAAUCUUUGUCCUGAUUCUACAGAGUAUGAAGCCACACAAGCUGCCUUAUUCAUCAUUUCUGAAAUCACAGACCAAGCCAAUGACAGCAUGCUCCAAGCGGAAAAUCUGCAGAAGCUAGUACACAUUGAGCACAGUGUGAGAGGGCAGAGUGGCCUCCUCCAGCCAGGAAGGAUCUUUGUUAAAGAGGGAACACUGAUGAAAGUCUGUGGCAAAAACAGGCAUCCUCGCCAUUUGUUCUUGAUGAAUGAUGUUCUGCUGUACACAUAUCCCCAGAAGGAUGGCAAAUACCGACUGAAAAACACCUUGGCUGUGUCAGGCAUGAAGGUCAGCUGCCCAGUGAUAGAGAAAGCCCAAAACAUACUGAAGAUUGAAUAUGAUGAACAUUGCCUGACCCUGUCAGCAAGCUCUUGCUCAGAAAGGGAUGACUGGUAUAGCUGUCUCAGCAAACAUAUCCCAGAUGACUGCAAAGCUCUCAAGACUUCGACUUCCCACAGCAGCGUGGAGCUAAGGGAAAGGCUUGGAAUACCCUUGGGUCAGAGGCCUCCUACACUGGUGCCCGUGUCCCAUGUCAUGAUGUGCAUGAACUGUGGCUGUGACUUUACCCUCACUUUGAGGCGGCAUCAUUGCCACGCCUGCGGGAAGAUUGUAUGUCGAAAUUGUUCAAGAAACAAAUACCCCAUGAAGUACCUCAAAGAUCAAGCAGCCAAAGUCUGUGAUAGCUGCUAUGUGGAACUUAAGAAAAGAGAGCGGCCACUAAGUGUGAGCUUCCCUCCAACUUCAUCCAGGUGUUCAAGCAGUGCCCUCUCUGUCUUCCACAAUAUUCAUUAUUCAUCUUUUAAGAAACAGAAGAGAAUCCCUUCAGCUCUCAUGGAGGUGGCAGCCUCAGGAGAGGGAGCUACUAUCAGUGGUUACCUCAGCAGAUGUAAGGGAGGAAAAAGACACUGGAAGAAACGCUGGUUUGUUAUCAAAGGCAAAGUCCUCUACACCUACAUAGCAAACGAGGACAAAGUUGCUACAGAAAGUUUGCCUUUGUUGGGUUUCACCAUUGCCCCAGAAAAGGAGGAAGGAAGCAUGGAUACAGUUUUUCAUCUCUACCACAAGCAGACGCUCUUUUAUAGCUUCCGAGCAGAGGAUAACAAUUCAGCACACAGGUGGAUUGAAGCCAUGGAAGAAGCAUCCAUAUUAUAGCAGCUUUCAUGAAGUGAACUUCAGAUUUCUAUAAAUUUCCAGCAACCCUCUUCUGACUUACAAAACUGUAUUUCAGGCCCACUGGCCACACAUUUUGGAUCUGAACUGUUUCCAGCUUGCUCUUUUUCUUCCUUCUUCUUACACUCACAUUGUA